UAUAUAUAAAUGUAGGUUAAUUACUUAUGAUUCUAUCGAUGCUGGAGUGAGUCAGUCAGACUAUAACGUUACUUGUCUUUGAGAUCAUUUUGAGAUGAGAUAGAUAACUGACCACCUAGAGCAAAUUAAAUGGAGUCAGUUGAGUCUCACGUCAAACCAGAUGAUUCUGGCUCGAGAAUUCUUUCCCAAGAGGAGCUGGACAAGUUGAAAGACGACCGAGUAUUGGUGUCCGAAUUUAAGCAGCAGAAGCUUGAGAAAGAUGCCCAGAAGAACUGGGAUUUGUUUUACAAGCGGAAUACAACAAACUUUUUUAAGGACAGACAUUGGACGACUAGAGAAUUUGAGGAGCUGAAAGCAUGCAGAGAGUUUGUGUCCCAGAAGUUGGUGCUGCUGGAGGCUGGCUGUGGAGUGGGUAAUUGUAUUUUCCCACUUCUGGAAGAGGACCUCAAUAUCUUUGUGUAUGCCUGUGACUUCUCUCCAAGAGCUGUGGAGUUUGUGAAGCAAAAUUCUCUGUACUCUCCGGAGAGGUGUUUGGCGUUCCAGUGUGAUUUGACCAAAGAUGACCUACAGGAUAAUAUCUCUGCAGAAAGCGUGGAUGCAGCAACUCUCAUAUUUGUGCUUUCUGCUAUUCAUCCUGACAAGAUGCAACAAGCGCUUGUGAAUUUAUACAUGGUUCUAAAACCAGGUGGAGUGGUAUUGUUUAGAGAUUAUGGCCUGUAUGACCACGCCAUGCUCCGGUUUAAAUCGGGAAACAAGCUUGGGGAGAACUUCUACGUGAGGCAGGAUGGCACACGGUCCUAUUUCUUCUCUAAAGAGAUUCUGACCAAACUAUUCCAUGACGCUGGAUUUGAGACUGUGGUGAAUGAAUAUGUUCUGCGAGAGACCGUGAACAAGAAAGAGGGUUUAUGUGUGCCUCGCGUCUUCCUUCAGAGCAAAUUUAGACGCCCAGUGACCUUGAACAACCAAGUAUAAUAAUGUGGCAAAGUGAACCAAGGAUGUUGCAUAUUAUUGUCAAUUUAAAGAAUAGUAUAAAAUGUUAUUUCUUAUACAGUGAACACAUUUUUUGAUAGAAAUACAGCCAUGAACAUUUGUACAUACCAUGAUUUGAGGAAUUUUAUCCAUAUUGUUUUUUUUUUCUUC